UUCAGUUACAGAACCCCAGCAGACGCAACUGGCUUUAACCGGAUCGGAUCAUCCGCCCAAACCCUGCCGCUGAAUAUAUCCUCCGUACACAGAGAGUGAAUCAGUCGCCACGUCUCAUCGCCGGUAAUAGAGUUCCGGAUUCUCCACGGUAUCUCCGCAUUGCCAUGGCGCAGAUUCCGAACCUAGACAACGCUCCUUUCAACCUCACUUCUCUCAGAGAUCAGUCUCAGAAGGAGCUCUUAAACAUCCUUAAGAACAUUCGAGGAAGGAAGUGUUUGGUGAUCGAUCCUAAGCUUGGUGGCUCUCUUUCAUUGAUUAUCCAGACGUCACUCCUUAAGGAACAUGGGGUGGAACUACGGUAUCUUUCUGCUGAUCCAAUUCAAACAGAGUGCACCAAAGUGGUUUAUCUUGUUCGGCCACAGCUUAAUUUGAUGAAAUUUAUAUGCUCGCAUAUUCGUAAUGAUAUUUCAAAAGGACUUCAAAGAGAGUAUUUUGUUUAUUUUGUCCCUCGCCGUGCUGUUGCUUGUGAGAAGAUACUUGAAGAGGAUAAUUUUCAUCACUUGCUGACUAUAGGGGAGUACCCAUUAUACAUACUUCCAGUGGAUGAGGAUGUAUUAUCUUUUGAACUUGACCUUGCUUAUAAAGAAUGCCAAGUUGAUGGGGAUACAAGCUCGCUUUGGCAUAUCGCAAAAGCCAUUCACAAACUUGAGUUCUCCUUUGGACUGAUACCAAAUGUGAGGGCCAAAGGCAAAGCAUCAGUUCGUGUUGCUGAUAUUCUCAAUCGCAUGCAAGCAGAAGAGCCAGUCAACACAUCCGAUAUGGGCAUGCCGGAGAUCAAUACACUCAUUCUUAUAGAUAGAGAGGUGGACAUGAUUACUCCUAUGUGUACUCAACUGACAUAUGAAGGACUACUAGAUGAGUUUUUGCAUGUCAAUAAUGGUUCUGUGGAGCUUGAUGCAUCUAUCAUGGGAGUCCAACAACAAGAGGGGAAAAAGAUAAAAGUUCCUCUUAAUUCUAGUGACAAGCUGUUCAAGGAGAUUCGGGAUCUCAACUUUGAAGUUGUUGUCCAGGUUCUACGUCAAAAAGCAACAUCCAUGAAACAGGAUUAUACAGAGAUGACAACUACUACUCAGACAGUGUCUGAAUUAAAGGACUUUGUCAAAAAGCUCAAUUCAUUGCCAGAAAUUACUAGGCACAUAAAUCUUGCUCAGCAUCUGUCUGCCUUUACAUCAAAGCCAUCCUUUCUUGGACGACUUGACAUGGAACACACAAUUGUAGAGGCUCAGAGUUAUGAUAUAUGCUUUGAGUACAUUGAAGAAAUGAUCCAUAAGCAGGAGCCUCUUGUCAACGUCCUGCGCCUUCUCAUUUUAUUUUCAAUUACAAAUUCAGGGUUACCAAAGAGAAAUUUUGAUUAUUUGAGGAGAGAGUUACUCCACAGCUAUGGAUUUGAGCACAUGGCUACACUGAACAAUUUAGAAAAGGCUGGAUUGCUUAAAAAACAGGAGACCAAAAGCAAUUGGUUGACUAUCAAACGUGCUCUGCAACUUGUGGUUGAGGAUACUGACACAACCAACCCCAACGAUAUUGCCUAUGUCUUCUCUGGAUAUGCUCCUCUUAGCAUCCGCCUUGUUCAGCAAGCAGUUCGAUCUGGAUGGCGCCCCAUUGAAGAAAUUUUGAAGCUGUUGCCUGGACCACAUUCAGAAACAAAGAGAAGUGGAUUCGCAAGCAGUCAGUCAAUUGACAAUUUGGCAGGAGCUCCAGCUAGUAUAGACAAAGUAACUGAUGGAAGGCGCUCCCUCGUGCUGGUUGUUUUCAUUGGGGGGGUAACAUUUGCAGAGAUAUCAGCACUUCGUUUUCUCAGUGCUCAGGAAGGAAUGGCUUACGACUUGAUUGUUGGGACAACAAAAAUUGUGGGUGGUCAUUCAUUGACAGAAACAUUCAUCGAGAGCUUGGGUUGACUUGCAUACAUUGGUGUUUGUUUCUUUUUAUUUUAUUUUUGAGAUUUUGUUUUCCGAUAUUUAUAGAGCUCGAGGGUGAGGCAUGUUUCAAAUUACCCAAAUGGUGGUUUAGGUUUAAGCUAUCUUGAACUGUUAUUUGAAUCGAUGUGUUUAUAUACUAUUUAUUUCUAGAUUGUGUUUUAUAUAAUUAAUUCUGUAAAAAAAUAAAAUAAAAUCAGAUUUCACCA